ACAUGGUCCAAAAGGUCAAGGCCGUCGACUUUUAUCUCGCGGUGACAACAGCGGGUCGUUUCUCGGUAUCAAAACACAGACAAUUUUUACUGUGAUAGUUUGUUAUCUACCACGAGUCGGACCGGGAGAAUGACGUAACUGUCAGUGGAUAUAUAAUAUAGGCCAGAUUCUAGCUAUCAGCUCUCCUGACGAAUCGUCGUGGCGUCAUGGCUCUCGCUCGAUAUCAUUCUCUCCUUCGUCCCGACAGAUUUUCGUCGAUUGUUACGUUAAAACAGUGGAAAUCAAGCAGAGCACGCGAUGACAAUGCCAAGGCUAGGACGCAGAAUGCAGAUUUACCAGACUACAACACAAGUGUCGACAUCCAUGAACACAAGCUCAGCAGGCCUACAGCCCCACCUCCCCGUCCUGGCCCACCCCCGGGGGUAAGAUGGAAAGGACUUCGGGAUUUAGAACAACGAACAAAGGGUUCUUUGAUACCAGAAACUCUCAAGCAAAUGGAACAAGAUGAGGACUUUAAGUUGACUGCAGAAAAGCUGAAGAGGCUUGGCCAGAAACAAAUGACGCGGGAGGAAAGAAAACAACGUCAGAGGGCGCUGAACAUGCUUGGAGCACCAGACUUCAAUCAAUUCUGGUUGGAACAGAAAAAGAAGGAACAAAUUGAAGACCAGGAGACGGUGUUGAAGAAGAAAUCUAUUGAGAUUGUCCAGGCGAACAUUGGUCUGUAUUGUAACCAAGCUUGUAAUCAUUGUCACGUGGAGUCCUCUCCCAAACGGAAGGAGAUGAUGGGCAGAGAGGUGGCGGAGAAAAUACUGGAUAUAAUCAACAAAAGUCCCUCGGUCCACAUUCUGGACAUCACGGGGGGCGCUCCAGAGUUGUGUGACGAGUUCCGAUACCUUGCAAAAGGAGGACGAGAUCUUGGGAAGACGGUCAUAGACAGGUGUAAUCUGACGUCACUAAUGGAGCCAGGUCAGGAGGACACCGCACAGUUCCUUGCCGAAAACGAGAUCGAAAUUGUUGCGUCACUUCCUUGCUAUUCCGCCAAAAACGUGAACACACAAAGAGGAAGUGGAGUAUUUGACAAAAGUAUCCAGGCUCUGAUUCGACUGAACGAAAUGGGCUACGGUAAACCCGAUAGUGGACUGAAGCUUGACCUCGUCUAUAACCCUCUAGGAGGAUAUCUACCCCCACCCCAACAACCAUUGGAGGAGAAAUACAAAGAGGAAUUAUGGGAUGCCUUUGGCGUCGAGUUCAACAAACUCUUUACAAUGACCAAUAUGCCAAUCAAGCGUUUUAACGACUUUUUACAUCGGAGGAACGAGCUCCAGGGUUACCUGGAACUGCUGGUGAGGAACUACAACCUAGAUACCAUCGACAAAUUGAUGUGUCGUAAUCUCCUUAGUGUUAACUGGGACGGACGGGUGUACGAUUGUGACUUCAACCAACAGCUUGCCACCGGGAUAACGGGCAAAGACAACAUCACAGAACUCACCGUGUUUGACCUUGAAACCACAGAGGACGUCGAAGGAGUGGACAUCAAAACGGACAAUCACUGCUUUGGCUGUACGGCUGGAAUGGGGUCAAGCUGACUAGGGGUCACCCUGAAGUAAAACUUCAGGAUGAACAAUUCUCGCCCGGUCAUUAAGGACAAUUCUAGCUUCUCUGGUGACCCAGUGAUCCUUGACGGACUUCAUAGUUUGGGGAUUAUAGAGAAACAUCAGUAAUAUAAUCAAGCAAGAGAUUAAAUCCUGAUUAGUUAUACUUAAAUUAUCAUCAUUAUUGUGUUCAAAUUAUCUUGUUGACAAUGUUGUUGUCUCUUUGUACUAGAGAAACAUCCACUCCCCAAUGUCACAGUCAAAAUCAAAGUGUGAAAUGAACACGAAAUCGACAUUUGAAAUUAACAACGUGAACUAGACUAUGAUUACCAGCCGUGAUUUCGGGCGAGUUAUUUUUAUGAAUAUAAUCUAUAUCAGAUUAUCUGUAAUGAUGUCCAGAGCAGAAAAACCAGAAAUGGUCUGUACUAGACUGAUGUUAGAUAAUCAGGCGAAUAGUUUUAUAUUUGUAUCAGGUGAAUUGAAUGUCUAUAUUAGACACAUUAAAGACACAUUUUUCAUUAA